GCUGCCCUCUUGCUCGGCGAGGCUGGCGUCAGUUGUGCGUUGGCUUCAUGCAAAUCUGAAUCAAUCAGUGGGUCUGGUGAGAGAGAUAACACGGCAGCGGCGGGGAGCCUUCAGAGCGCAGGAGACAUGGAGCUGCGGGAGACGCUGGAUGUUUACAAGGAGACGGUCGGGCUGUACCUAGGACGGGGCACGAGUUACGUAAACACACUACUCCAAGGGCUGCAGCCCUGGCAAGUCGCUGCCAUCUCAGUCGUGGCUACUCUGCUGGCAGUGUGGCUGCAUGGCUUUCUCUUCAAGCAGCAAAGUAUUUCCUUACGACUAAGAAAUUUCUUCUUCAGAAUGAUGAGAAAAUUGCCAUUUCUGGCUGCUUCAAUACAGAAGCAACUUGACAAAGCACUGAAUGACCUGUCUUCGAGUGUCUUAACCCUGGAGGAUGGAAUGACCUAUGUCACGUCUUUGCCUACACAUGGGCUGACAGAAUCGGAUCUCCUCCUCAAGGUUAAAGAGUACACCGCAAUGGGGGAAACAUGUUGGGAAAAGGGGCAAGUUUCUGGGACAGUGUACAGUGGUGAAGAGCAACUCACAAAGCUGAUGGUGAAGGUCUAUGGGGACUUUGCAUGGAGUAAUCCUCUCCACCCGGAUAUCUUCCCUGGCGUGCGAAAGAUGGAGGCAGAGGUUGUCCGGAUGUCUUGCACACUGUUUCAAGGGGGACCUGACUCUUGCGGGACGGUAACAUCUGGUGGGACGGAAAGCAUUCUCAUGGCCUGCAAAGCCUACAGAGACCUUGGAUUGGAACGAGGAGUGAAGUAUCCUGAAAUCAUCGCUCCUGUAAGUGCUCAUGCUGCUUUUGACAAGGCUGCCCACUACUUUGGGAUGAGUAUGGUCCAUGUUCCAUUGGACAAAAAGACAAUGCAGGUGGAUGUGAAGGCCAUGAAGAGAGCCAUUUCAAAGAACACGGUUAUGCUUGUUUGCUCUGUGCCGCAGUUUCCACAUGGAAUCAUGGAUCCAGUCGAGGAGAUUGCCAAGCUGGCUCAAGAUUAUGAAAUUCCUCUGCAUGUGGAUGCCUGCCUUGGGGGUUUUCUCAUUGUCUUCAUGGAGAAGGCCGGUUAUUCUCUGCCACCCUUCGAUUUCCGCGUUAAGGGAGUGACGAGCAUCUCUGCUGACACGCACAAGUACGGAUAUGCGCCCAAAGGUUCAUCGGUUAUACUGUACAGCAACAAGAAAUAUCGCCACUACCAGUUCUUUGUCGCCCCAGACUGGCAGGGAGGCAUCUAUGCAUCACCCACAAUCGCCGGGUCGAGACCAGGAGGGAUCAUUGCCGCUUGCUGGGCAACCAUGAUGUUUAUGGGUGAAAAUGGUUACAUUCAGGCUACAAAGAAGAUCAUCGGCACGGCACGGCACAUUGAAGCUCAGUUAAAGAAAAUAAAGGAAAUCUUCAUCUUUGGGAAGCCUGAAGUAUCUGUUGUGGCUAUUGGCUCGGAUAUUUUUGAUAUAUUCCGAUUAUCGAACGCAAUGACGUCCAAAGGGUGGAAUCUCAACACCUUGCAGUUCCCUUCCAGCAUUCACAUAUGUGUGACGCUUCUGCACACCAGGAGCGGUGUGGCCGAUCAGUUUGUGGAGGAUGUUCGUCAGAGUGUAGCUGAAAUAAUGAAAAACCCCUCUGAGAAGACGACCGGCCGGGGUGCUAUCUAUGGGAUGGCACAGUCGAUUCCUGAUCGCUCUCUGGUAACAGAAAUAUCGCACGGAUUCCUGGACUGUCUCUACAGCACCGAACUUCCCAACAACGAGAAGAGCCACAUGAAUGGAGAUUCAAUGCAGCACUGAACGGCACCAAGCAGCUUUUUAAUAAAGAAAUCAAGGAUUGACUGGCAAGAGAAAGUUUUAGAAGAUGUCUGAGGUGUCCAGAACCAAAUUCUCUUCCUUGCUUUUUGCAGGCAGAUAGAAAUCUGGGAAUAUGUAAUUGGAUAAGGUGGGAUUGAUUCUUUCUUUGUGUCCUAUUUGCCACUUCUGAAGCCCAAAAGCCUUUAUUUUAUACCUUUGUGGUAUCUUGUACUCGAACUAAUUAAUUUGGCCCAUGAGCAGCACAAUAUCCAAGUAUGAAAUUUAUUUUUUUUGUAAACAGAAAGGGAAUUCACAGAUUUUUGAGGAGGACGUUCCAUUGGUGACUGAUUUGCUGAGGAUUUGGAGGCAAGUGGCAAUUCACCUUGAUGCCUUUCUAAACUUUCUUUCCAUUUGCAUGAAACGUCUUUGCGGAAUUUUUCUCAAAGGAGCAAAUCUUGUGUUUCGUCAUUACUGGUAACUCUCAGUGUAAACCUGCGCUAACAGGUUAGCGCCUGGAGAUUCAUCAGCUACCAGAGUAGGAGGAGGGAGUGAUGAAUGUUAAUUGCUCAUCUAGACACAGGUUGUUACCCAGAUGAAUAAGGGACAUUAUAACCCUGGAGUGGCAGCCUCUGUUUGGUCUUUUUCACAUUGGAAUUGUGUUUGAUGUUCCAGCAAAAUGUGAUCUUUUGAGGGAAUCAUGAUCUUGUGAUUGAUGUAGACAGGAGGGGGUGGAAAUGUCAGGGGUUAGCUAAAGAUUUCAUGGUUCAUAAUCCUAACCAAAUGGAUGAGCAGCCUGGAGGCUCUAUUUUACCAUGAAAUAUACGUAAUUACAGCUCACUGUCACUGAUUGCACAGUUUUGCCCCAUUUCAUGUAGAGGGCUGCAAUACCUCGAACACAGUUCCAUUGUUUCCAAAAAUUGCACAAACAACGUUGCCUUUCGCCUCAACCAGCAGACUGUUUUGAACUCAAAAUAAAACCACUGUUAUAUUCACUGACAGAUUGGAGACGGGUUUCUCGGCUGCCUUAAAAAUCGCAUUUAAAAAAUGAUUGCUGUGCAAUUUUUGUUGUCUGAUUGCUCAAAUUGAUCAGAUAUUACAAAGGGAUGUGAUUUUUUUUUUCAAUUUCAAGAAAUGACACCUGACUCGCUCCUUUGAGACUGUAGGAAUAUCUUCCUUUCAAUGUUCCCCAUUGUUGAAAUUAAUGGUUUGAAGUAUUUCAGCGUGUGUCAUAGAGUGUGUGUUUCACUCAAUUACAUGUGUGUCGGUGUUUUUGGAUACUUCUGUUGCUUCGUCACUGAGGCGGAGCCUGAGAUCACAUGUAACCUUAGGUGACGUCUUGAAAAUCUGCACUUACUGUAGCAAUUGCUCAGAGUGCGACUCUCGUGUCGCCAAA